AUGUCAAAAUCUACCACAAAUCCUUGGGAGUUUCCUGAUCCUGUCUCAGAUCCUGUGCCGAGCUAUGAAGAAUCCAUCGCAGCAAGACCUGCUUUACAACCUACGUCACGAGAGAAGUCGGGCGCAGGUCCGUCCAUAAUACGCCAGGAACGCACGAGACGUAUUGCGAACCUCGUAGCGAACUCAAUAAUUCCUUGUUUCACCCAAUAUCUCUCAAAUGCAUAUAACAAGCUUACCAUCGCGGUUGUGCCCUCGGACUGUCUUCGGACAAGCGGUGAAGUAACUGGGCAGAACAUCGUGGCACCUCCCUUGACGAGCGAAACCACCACAAGCGUUAUUGUUCUUAGUGGGGACGACGUUCGGUCUUCCUUCUGGACCCAGCGUGCCGUGGUCCAUGAGCUGGAUCAGAUACUGCGGCAACAGUUGUGGCUCUUGACGGGCACCGAUGGGAUUCCUCCUGAGCUCGCCAGAUCGAGAAUCAACGAUCUCAUGCCCCAUAUACAGAGCGAAACACAACACGACACCGUCGAACUCCCACCACGUAUGAACAAGAAAUCUUGGCUGAAGAGAGCCUUUGUCCUUCCUGGUCCCGACCACGACCCGACAGGGGAGACUGGAAAAUGGAAGCUGGGCUGGCGUGAGGAGACAGAUCCUUCUGCCACCCAAGCAGCGUCAUUCGGAGAAAUACCGGCCAGAACACGAACCAGGCCUUUGGGUGCAGACGAGAUUGAUGUUAACACCAUACUGCGGGACGUGAGCUUCAGGACGGAGAGCGAGUUGGGUCUGCUGGAAACAACAACCGUCAAGUGUAUAUGGGUGGAGAUUGAGGUUGGUAUAUAG